AUGUCUCCGCCGUUGGACCAUGCCGCCCCAGACCGCCGCUCCUCCACCCAGGCCCUCUUCACGGCUUUUCGCUCUCUCACCGGCGGCCGUCUCAAGAGCCCUACCCCGCCGCCCUCCAUCUCUUCGGCCACGAGCACACCUGCGCGCACUCCCUCGCUCGGCACCAUCCGCUCCCACUCGCUCUCUAGCCCGCAUCCAGCCGACAGUACCCUUCAGCGCAUCAGCCAGGUCGCCGGCCAGCGCGCUGUCAGACCCGUGACGGGUGGGCCUCCAGAACUUGACGACCUUGUUGGCCAGCUCGACCGGAGCCACCCGUUUGCGGACAGGGCCGCGGUUGUGGAAAAGAUAUGCGCCAUCCUUCAUGAGUACCCCGUGCAGAAUGUCCUGGCCCUGUGGUCCGUGGCUAGCGACCUGCUCCUUCCGGAGCAGCCAGACGAGGUCGCUGAAGUGGGCUACAAGCUUCUCAAGGCCUGCGCCUCACUCGCCAACCUGACCAGCAUUGAGCGCACCGUCUUCUUCGACGCGGCCUGUUUGCGCAAGACUGAUCGCUUUUUCGACAAGAGACUCGAGGUCGUCACCACUCUCACGCACGAUGGUCGCGACGUGGAGUCUUGCGAGGCGGGCAUCGUCUCUUUUGUCUUGACCUCGCUCGAUACCUGUUUCCUAGCCAGCAAAGACGCCUUGAACGCCCAGAGGAGCAAGUCAAAUGGAAAGAAGGCGGCUGCAAACCCGCCGCAAGAGGUCGCCAACAUGUUCCGCGCAUUCCAGUUUGCCAUUGACAUUUGCAAAUUCAACGCCAAGGUCUUCACCGACGACGACCUGGAUCUCUUGAUCAGAAGGACUGUCGCCAUUUGCAAAGCCACAUUUUACAGGCCUGACGUCGAGUGUGGAAUCAAGCUCUUUGAUACCAUCAUCACAUAUGUCCACGUGCCCACAAAGUCACUUCAUCCUUGCUUACAGGUUCUGAGCGAAAUUCACAAGAGGAUCCCUGGGUUUCAAGAUCAGGCGUGGAAUACUCUGAGCAACCUUUUUAAGUCCCAUGUUGGCCAGGCUGCGAUAUCCGUCUUAUUGCAUAUGCUCUUGGAUGGCCCUACGCAGGACAACUUACAGGAUGCUGAAAAGAAAAGGCUCGACAGCAUGUAUACAGGCACUACCCUAGUCCUGCGUCUCCUUCUUUUGGAAAAUGGCCGCAAUGAACUGCCCAAGGUGCCCAUGUCGUUGCUUUUUCCUGCGCUGAAAGCAUCCAUCCAAAGGCCAAAUACCGAUCAGGAACAAAUUAUCAUCAGUUUGAUAGACACCGUUCUCGAUCAAGACGGUAUGAGAGACUUACUCCUGGCCGAGAGCGACUUGGGAGACUUGCUUGAGGUAAUCUGUGUAUGUGCUGAGCGUGAUGAUGACCGCCUUCGCGCCAAAGAUGGCAAGACAUCAGAUACCCUCAGUAUUGAGAAGAAAGCCUCCUUUGACAGACAACUGUCUCUCCCCGAUGACAACAGAUCGAGCAAUGGCCGUCCUAUGGCCCGACAUCGGUUUGCCUCGUACUCACCGCCUAUUGGUGGAAUGGAGCACGACGACGAUGUAGGACCACACGAUCAACGCGCGGCAUUACAGCACGAGUUUUCGCGACGGGAUGCUGCAGAUGGCAUUUUCAAAGUAUUGGCUAAGCUUGAUCAUCUCAGCGACGCAUUUGAUUUUGUUCAGCGCGAAGCUACCAUGAAUCUCUUUUUGCGUCUUGCACAUCGCGCGAGCGAUGCAACGGCAGAGCGAACCAUCCGCUACUUUGCAGACGAACGCUAUCUCAACCCCUCAAACGAAGACUGGUUGCAUCUUUGCCAAUGCCUUGUUACAGGCAUCUUCAGCGACUCUACUCGACCACGCUCACUUCGUACCUUGGUCAUAAAGGUGCUGCGGGAAACUUACGACACUGUAGAGCUGUUGUGUGAGGGUGAUGCCGUGUUUCAAUGCCAGGACCUUUUGCUCAACCGACUUGAGCCUGAAGACGAUAUUGAGGUCUUGCAGGAACUCGUAGACUUUGCCCUAUACGUUGCUGAUCAAGCAUCUUUUGAUCGCUUUUCCCAUGUGGUCCGUCUCUUGAAGAAACGUCUGGAUCGCCCGCAGCCUGCACUACCAGUCCCGUCCGCACCAUGGCAACCCCAUCCAUUUUCCACUAAAGACGACGGUUGUUCCCCGUGCAAUGUAAUCACUACUGUCUAUGUGCGGCUAUUUACUCGCAGCGUUAUUCAUUCAGCACAGAAGACUCGCCUUCUUUACGAACUAUUACGGGAGAUUGCUGGGAGUGACAAAUAUGCGCAUGAUGCGCGCCUGACAGCCCUCAAGCUAUUAUUCCGUUUGCGUGCCGACGCUCGCUUUGCUCUCAUAGUCAACGCUUCAUCCGAAGGCCAGAGGAUUGCUGCCGAGUUAUGCCGCACAGAGGAAACAGCUGUUACUGAACGGAGCGAUGAAACUAUACCAGGGGACCACGCUCGACCAGAAGACCAUCCCUCUUGGAGAGAGAAUCGGAAGACCUCUGGAACUAGUCCUCGUUCUUCCCUUAAUCGCCACUCUGGGCGCCAGGUUGCCGCUGCGGGUCGCGUAUCAAGGCCGAUACCACCUCUAUGGAUGUAUCCUGGUCCGAGGGGCCUGCCCGAAGAGCCAUCACACGAAUCCAGUCGAGUUGUCUUCUCACACAUCGAUGCUUCAGAGUAUCCUCUUAGCGACAAUAUCUUGGACAUGGAAAUCACACUGUGGCUCGAAUUGAUCAUCUCCUUGCUUCAAAGACCGCCUGACUGGGAGAUAUACUCUUAUGUCCUCACACAUCUUGGUCCCCAGCUCUCUAACCAAGCAUUAGUUCGCAGUUGCGUUGUCCAACUUCGAAUGCUACGAAAUGUUCUUUGUGAACAAGUACGAAAUGCAAGCUUCCACGAACCGCCACCCCACACUCUUCUCAAAAAGGCUGAUGUGGCGGUUUGCCUGUUUCACGCGUUGACUGUUCUCAUCAGUUACCACGAGUACUUCGAAAAGAGCGAGGAGGAUGAUUUGGUCAAAGCGUUCUUGCAGGGCAUUGUACAAUGGGACAGAACAUCAAAAUGGUGUAUACACGCACUCUCUGUGUGUUGUUUUGAAAUUCCUCUUUCGGUCAGCAAAUCUUUGGACAGCAUCGUUCAGAAGAUGUCGCAGAUCAUCACGAAGCCAGCUACAGCGAUACACAUUCUGGAGUUCUUGGUAUCCAUGGCUCGCCUUCCAGAGCUCUUCAAGAACUUUCGUGAAGACGAGUUCAAGCUCGUCUUUGGGGUAUGUUUCCGCUAUCUGCAACACAUUCGCGAUCAACAAGGCCGCACGAAUGGAAAUCCGACCCAAAACGGCCAUCGAACUUUGAGGCACAGUGGUACAUCAAGGGACUUUGCAGUAACAUCAGAUGCUGGCGCGACGAAACCGAGAAGCGUUGAGGAUGACCUUCCUCAAUACCUGAAUUCGCUUGCCUACCAUGUCAUUACAUUCUGGUUCAUGGCCUUGAAGAUGGAAGAUCGGCCAAAACAAAUCCCGUGGAUCACGAAGAACUUGUACUUCACAGACAGCUCUGGCCGUCCGGUCAUGGAAGAACAAGGGCAGGUCAUUGUAGAUAUCAUGAACAUGGUCGCAUACACGGACCGCGAUGAGACGACACGUGAAGAAUUCUCCGCCAAACCUGGGGAUGGCGAGAUUUGGAAAAAGACUUGGAUCGUGGGCAACAGCAUAGUAACAAUAGAGACUGCUGCCAGGACCGGCACGUCUCUCGUAACAACGCGCCGACCGUGCGGGACCAGAUACAUCAAAGUCCGCCCACUGCUUACAUCACCCCCACGGCAUCAGGUACCCAUCACAAUUGGUCUUGCUUCCGAAGCAUUUUAUUCCGACUCUUAUGUUGGCAUUCUACCAGAAGACAUCUUCCAAUCUUUCUACGCACCUCUUGACCUCACUAAUCCACCAAUUCCUCUGCCCGACGAUGAGCCAACGCGCCGUGCUAUUGCUUCUUUUGACAGGAUUGCAACGGUUGACAACUACAAAGUAGGAGUCAUUUACAUUGGCGAAGGGCAGACAAACGAGCGGGAAAUUUUCAUGAAUGAUAUCGGAUCGCCAGCAUACACAUCAUUCCUCAGUGACCUAGGCACUCUCUGUCGCCUGAAGGGUGCUAAAUUCAACACUGGAGGUCUUGACACACGCGAAGACAUGGAUGGCGAGUUCACGUACUGUUGGCGUGAUCGCUGCAUGGAACUCGUUUUUCAUAUCCCAACAAUGAUGCCUACGAACCGCGACGACGAAAUGACUUAUCCCAACAAGAAGCGCCAUAUCGGCAAUGACUUCGUCAACAUCAUCUUUAACGACUCCGGCCUACCCUACAACUUUGAUACAUUUCCCUCGCAGUUCAAUUACGUACAUAUUGUCAUUUCCCCAGAGUCGCGAGCCAGCUUUGUAGACCGCCGGCUGGAUGCAGACCCAGAGGGCAGAAACCGCUAUUACAAAGUCCAAGCUAUUUCGAAACCUGGCUUCCCUGACAUAUCCCCUGCUGUUGAGACCAAGAUUCUUUGCGGCAAAUACCUUGCAGACUAUUGUCGUCUGAUUGCCAUUAACGCAGUAGUUUUCUCCAGUGUAUGGUUCAUUCGAGAAGGAGGCGAAUCAAGCUCGUCCUGGCGCAACAGAUUGCGCGAGAUCAAACGUCUCCGAGAACGAUAUGGCGCAAACAAUGCUCCACCAAGCUAUCCGCCACCAAUAUCGCCCCCGGCAGGCCAAGGCCUCUCAAGCCCACCAUCCAGAGAACAGAAUCUGGUUUCGCCGUUUCAGCGGCUUAGCAUCGCGACCCAUGUUACUGAUGGCACCAGCCGCAGCUCCAUUAGCAGCUCUUCACACGACGUCUGA